AUGGGAUUCCAACAAUGUCUUCCCGUCAUUGUCAUGGCGGCACUAUUGCUACAACAACUGCAGACUGUCACCACUGAGAUUUUGAGCUCAAGCGAUGAGGCGAAACUGGUCAGCUUGCUAAAGAACGUGAUGGAGUGUCGUCAGAUCCCUGGCCUAACCAUGACUAUUGUCAAGGGUAAGGAGCAUAGCAUAAUUCCCCUAGGUGUGUCCAACAAGGAAACCAACGAAGCAGUCACCCCAAGGACUUUGUUCUACCUGAGCACUAUCACCCAAGCCUUCACUGCCACCCUUCUGGCACAGCUCACUCAGAGAUCUGAAGGCAGCAUACAGUUUGAUGUGCCCAUCGCACAGCUGAUUGGUCCUGAGCUGCAACUAUCCAGCGAGAGACUGACAGAGACGGUCACUCUGAGGGACGCUCUCAUGCACAGAACAGGCCUGUCUACAGGAAGUAUUGCUGGAAUGACAGGGCUACCCCAAGCGAUGUCGAGGAGCCAAGUUAUCAGCAACUUGAAAGAAAUACCCAUGCAAGCAGACUUUAGAGACGACUUCCGGUUCAACCAGUUUGGCAUCACCCUGGCGGCAUACGUCGGGGAGAAGGUCACCAGUAGUACCUGGGAGAAGCUGAUGCGGGUCCAUCUGCUGGACAAGUUGCUGAUGACCUCAACAACUGUGGCCACCGACGACCGGUCCAGUCCGGAUUUUUCCAGGUCAUACGUGUCAGUUGAUGGUCUUCUGGUGGAGACUGAUCCUAAGAUUUUUGACAUAGGUCCUUUGGCCCCGGCUGCGACGAUGUUCACAAACGCCGAGGACAUGGUCAAGGGUCUCAAGUUCUUCCUGGGAGACCCGUUCUUGCUGUCGCAGACUCGCAUGCCAGCCCCGCUGCUCGAGGAGCUGAUGAUCCCACGAAUCCUGCUGCCCAUUGGCUAUCGCGCCAGUCUCGACAGAAGCAGCUACAUCUGGCCGGUACCGGACAUCAAUGUGGGAUAUGGCAUGGGAUUCUUCACCAAUGUCUAUCGAGGAUUUCAGGUUCCGUGGGCUGGCAGUACCACUCAUGGCUUUAGCUCCAUAAUGUGGCUCAUCCCAGAGAGAAGUAUCGGCAUUUUCCUUUCCAUCAACGGACAGAAACAUUCGCAAAUACCGCUUGCAACACUGCAG